AUGCAUUCAGCUCUCAGGCCAAAACCUACGAUUAAAUUACCUCCAUCACUGAUUCCACCAGCAAUCAAUCAUCAUCCACAGCCAAUAGUGAAGAGAUCUUUUCUCAAACAGAAUUCUCUUGUCAAUGGUAAUGGUCACCAUAGCACUUGUUCUACAGCGAACAAUGCAACGAUUGAAAAACUCUAUUGGUCAUUGGGUUUAAUCAGUUCCAAAGGAAAAUAUUUAACUGCCGAAACGUUCGGUUGCAAAAUCAAUGCUACUGGCACAUCGUUGAAACGAAAACAAAAGUGGACGAUUAUCUAUAAUAUUCCAAAUGAUUGUGUUUAUCUCCAAUCGCCAUUGAAUCGUUAUUUAUCAACUGAUAAAUAUGGUCGAUUAAAAUGUGAUAUGCACGAUAUCGAUGAUGAUUGUCGUUUUCAACUUGAAUACAAUCGAGAUGGACAAUGGGCUCUGAAAUCUGUUACGUAUGGUAUGUACUUAGGCGGUGAUAACGAUCAAUUGCACUGCUUUAGUAAAACACCAGAAUGGUGGUCACCUCAUUUAGCUCUCCAUCCACAGAUUAAUCUGAAACACGUACUUCGAAAACGUUACGCUAAGUUAGAAGAUGAUGAGAUUCAUAUCGAUGAAAUUAUUCCCUGGGGUAGCGAUGCGAUCAUUGCUGUUGAAUAUCUCAAUGAUCAUUACUGUAUUCGUUCGAGUAACGGGUACUAUUUCCACAAAGAUGGCAAAUUAUCGACCGAACAAACAGAAGAAACAUUAUUCACGAUUGAACUUCAUAAAGGAUACAUCACAUUCAAAGAUUGUGAUGGCUGCUAUCUCACAGCUAUCGGUCCACUAGGCAUCAUGACAACAAGAAAUCGAACAGCUGGCAAAGAUGAGCAAUUUCUCUUAGAAGAAAGUAAACUACAAAUAUGCUUAGUGGCACCCAAUGGUAAACUUGUUUCGAUCAAACAAGGAAUUGAUCUAUCGGCGAAUCAAUACGAACGUGAUCAGAGUAGUAUAUUUCAAUUAGAAUAUGACGAUGAUUUACAAGCUUAUCAGAUUCGAACCUAUGACAAUAAAUAUUGGACGAUCGGAGGACUGAGUAUACAAGCAACAGCGGAAAAAAAGUCAGUAGAGACAAGUUUUCAUAUACAAUCUGUCGGCCACGGACACGUCACAUUUCAAGCAUCAAACGGCAAAUUUAUUGUUCCACACGCUUCUGGAAAUAUGCGUGCUGUUUCCGAUCAAAACAGUUUACCUGAUGCUUAUUUUCUGCUGAAAUUCAUCAAUCGACCAUUUUGUGUAUUUAAAUGCGAUUUUGGUCAUGUUGGUUACCGGAACAAACAAUCACGUGUUCUCGAGUGUAACAAAGCUCUGUUCACAUUAUUUACAUUAGAAGAAGCAGCUGAAGAAACUCAUAGCGAAGGAGUUGUUUAUUUGAAAGGUUCCGAUGGUCUCUAUUGGGAAAUAUCAAAUGAUUUGAAUAUUAGUGUCAGUGGUUGUGAACCAUCGAAAUUUUCAUUAGAAUUAUGUUGGUCAUCAUCUCGCGUCGUUAUUAAAGCACCAAAUGGAAUGUAUUUACGCGCUGAACAAAGUGGAAGUAUCCAAGCGAUAUGUCAAAAUAGUCGACAAGCAACACAAUGGGAGUUUUAG